CCCACGUUCCAUCCGCGAUAAGCUCAGAUAAUUACCAUAUGUAAUACCGCGUUGUUGAACGGCGGGCGAUCAACAAUUUACGGGGCCUCGACAGUUGUGGGUGACAGCACUUAGAACAGCGGUAUUCGAACGCUGAGGCAAGCUAAACCUCGACUCGUCCGCCCAUCAUUGCCUCACAGGGUGCAACUUGACUGCCAGCUCGUCAAGAUGGCUUUAUUGAAUCCGUCCUUACUCCGUCUGCUGAUCUGCUUGAUCCCAAUAUUCUACGUCUGGAAGUGUCUCUCUUCCCCGCUCCGAAAGUGCCCGGGUCCGUGGUCGUCACUCUUCACAUCAUGGAUUUUGAAAUGGCACGAGUUCCAUGCCAAUCGAACCCGAUACGUUCAUCAUCUACACGUGUUGUACGGCCCUGUAGUUCGGAUUGCACCCAAUGAAGUCUCGUUUGCAUCCUUGGAGGGGAUCAAGGAGAUAUACUGCUCGGGAGGCAGUGGUUAUGACAAGACAGAGUUCUAUAACCUGUUUCAGGUUUAUGGCAGACGAACGAUGUUUAGUACGCUGAAUAAAGCUGAUCAUGCGAAGAGAAAGAGGAUUCUUGCCGAUCGAUACGCAAAUACCAACAUCAUGCGCCCGGUCGUGUUAGAUGGAAUCAAAGAGCGUUCCCUGCGAUUUAUAGGCAGAUGCUCUGAGUCUGUGGGUGGGACCGUGGACCUCUUUAUCUGUCUUCAUGACUAUGCGUUUGACUGCAUCACUCACCAUCUAUUUCAUCCGUAUGGCUCGGAUUCUCUUCUCAAACAAGGUGAUGAGGAGAUCAUGAAGGAAGUUACCUUUGACGAAAGCCUUAAGAACCGUCUGCUACAAUACUACCAUCCGGAGCUACACAAAUUGAUAGGUAACAUCUUGCACUACUUUGCCAAACCAAGACAAACUCCUUUGGCGGACAAUCUUGUAUUGGGAGCAAGUUCGCGGACCGAGCCGGCGCAAUUUACGUUGUUGAGUCGCAUGCAAGAAAAGAACUACAAUUUGGAACAGCUCGACAUGGCUGCUGAAUGUCUUGACCACAUGGCAGCUGGGAUUGACACAACGGGAGACGCAUUGUGCUUUCUCAUGUGGGAGAUAUCCCAACCCAACAUGAUUCAUGUCCAGCAACGACUUCAGGAAGAGCUCCGGGACAAUCCAGAUGUCGAGUUUGACCGGCUCCCAUAUCUGGACGCCGUAGUUUUGGAGGGGCUGCGAUGCUUUCCCGCAAUCCCCAUGUCUUUACCAAGAUACGUUCCCAACGGCGGACGUACCAUAGAUGGAUUUUUCGUUCCCGGAGGAACCAUCGUCAGCUGUCAGGCAUAUUCGACUCAACGGAUCGAUCAAAAUGUUUUCCCGAAUCCCGAUACGUUCAAUCCUGACAGAUGGCUCGAGGAAAGAGGCGAUCUGGACAGAAAGCGGUUGUUCUUCGCCUUUGCUAGUGGGGGAAGGGGAUGUGUGGGGAAACACUUGGCACUGGCCGAGAUGAAGACACUACUAAGGGACGUCUACACUCGAUUCAAGACGGUGCCGGAUGAGACAAUGAAGCCGGAGAUGAUGCAAAUGUCGGAUCAGUUGAUAUCUUCCCAACCGCGCGAGCAGAAGUGUUUGAUGAGACUCGUGCCACUUCAGAACUGAAAGAGGCAGUGUGAGGCAAAGUCAUUCAUGGCAUGAGAUGUUACUUGAAAAGGGUGACUAGACCGUACCGUACCGCCUGGGCACUAUAGACGACGGCAGGGGGGUGUUUAUCAUAAAUCGACUUCUGGUUAGGUUUGGAUAAAGGUCAAGAAAGGAGAAAGGAGCUAUAAACAUCUUCGCUUACAUCUUUUCUGAUAAAACCGAUAUAAUCCUCGAUUUUCAUGGCUAGGGAUGACGUUAGUCAAGUACGUUUGACCAUCGGUAGCUGUGGCCCACGUCCAUGAAAUCACUGCUAGUCUUCACUGCCGUUGACUAGGAAGACCUGCCACUCAAAAUAAGAUCCA